ACCAAAUUCCCCUUCCUAAAAUCCUGCCUUGCUUCUCAAGAAGAGCUCUCAUGCAGGUGUAAAAUAAAUCUCAGCCAAAUCAAUUAAAAAAAAUUAAGUCUGCUCUCUAAUUUCUUAAUUAAGCAACUCUUUUGAGCUCUAAUAAUCGAAUUGAGAAUGUUCCUCACAAGGACUGAGUACGAUAGAGGAGUUAACACUUUCUCUCCGGAAGGCCGCUUGUUUCAAGUUGAAUAUGCCAUUGAAGCCAUCAAAUUGGGAUCCACUGCUAUCGCCAUAAAAACUGAGGAAGGGGUGGUUCUUGCAGUCGAGAAGCGUAUUACCUCUCCACUUUUGGAGCCUAGCAGUGUGGAGAAGAUUAUGGAAAUCGAUGAGCAUAUUGGCCGUGCUAUGAGUGGUUUAAUUGCUGAUGCCCGUACUCUGGUUGAACAUGCUCGAGUUGAAACUCAGAAUCAUAGGUUCUCUUAUGGCGAACCCAUGACAGUUGAGUCAACUACACAAGCUCUCUGUGACCUUGCCCUACGAUUUGGUGAAGGAGACGAAGAAUCAAUGUCUAGACCGUUUGGUGCAUCUCUUCUUAUUGCUGGUCAUGAUGAGAAUGGUCCCUGCUUGUACCAUACUGAUCCUUCUGGUACAUUCUGGCAAUGCAACGCAAAAGCCAUUGGUUCAGGUUCUGAAGGUGCCGACAGCUCUUUGCAAGAGCAGUAUAACAAGGAUCUAACUCUUAAAGAAGUUGAGACUAUUGCACUUUCCAUUUUGAAACAAGUUAUGGAAGAAAAGGUUACCCCGAAUAACGUUGAUAUUGCUAGUGUGGCCCCAAGAUAUCAUCUGUACACCCCAUCUGAGGUCGAAACUGUUAUCAAUCGCCUAUGAGAAGGGCAUCUAGCAGUUCCAGUGCCGAUCUUUACGAUGAUUCAGUUCCCAUUAUUGCUGUGUUGGCUUCAUGUGUAACGCAAAUCUCAGAUUUCGCUUCCAAUUUACAUUCCAGUAGGGAAAUGCUUUGAAAUGUGUUAAAACUCUAAAUGAUAAACUCGAAAGAUUUCAUUUUUGUGUUUCCUGGGUGAAUGUGCUUGCCUAUAUCGACCCCUUUUAUUGUAUUAAGUACUAAUAUGUACUACCUCGAAGUGCCAUUUAUGUUUUCCACUAUGAUAAGCAUAAAUGUAACUUGAUUUGCCCUUUCUUUGUCA